AUGCGGGUUCUUUUUUGGAAUAUCAAUGGUGUUGCGCGUACAACAACACAUUCUAAGCUUAGGGAGCUGAUUAGAGAUUUCCAUCCUGAAGUUUUUGGUCUUGCUGAACCAAAAGUGGCGUGCUCAGCAAAUUUUGGGAGGAGGCUAAUUUCUGAAGGUUAUUCUUCGUUUAUUAUUAAUAAUUCUACUAAUUCUGGUAUUGCAAAUCUUUGGGUUUGUUAUAAGGAUGGGCUUCAUGUUUCUGUAGUUAAUUCUAGUAAACAAGCUAUUACAAUUGCGGUUGAUGGUGUGUAUAUCUCUUUUGUGCAUGCUAGCUACAUUCAAACUACUAUGCGCAGGCUUUGGCAGCAACUAGUUAUGCAAGAUUCAAUUACACCUUGGCUGGUCAUAGGUGAUUUUAAUUGUAUUUUGCGUUUGAAUGAGAAGAAAGGUGGCUUGGAAAUAAGAUCGUCUGUUAUUGAUGAUUUCAAAGAUUGGAUGGAUGACAAUGAUCUUUUUGAAUCGGAUUCCUUGGGCAGCAAAUUCACUUGGUGUAAUAGGCAAUCUGGUACUAGGCGUUCUAUUAGUAAGUUGGAUCGUGCAAUUAUUAAUGCGGCUUGGCUUGCUAAAUUUGAGAAUUGGCGGCCUUGUCGAGCUCCUUUUCGUGUUCGAAAGAUGUGGUUUUUACAUGGGGAUUUUCUUCGGGUGGUCAAUGAGAGUUGGAAUUUGUCUAUUCAUGGUUCUCCUGAUUUUAUUUUCCCUUAUAAAUUGAAGCGGCUGAAGAUUGCAAUGAAGGAUUGGAAUCUGAGGAUUUUUGGUAAUGUGAAUUCUCGUUUGAAGCAAGAUCAACUUCGUUUUGAGACAGCAGCUCUUAUUUCAGAUGAGGACCCUAGUAAUACUGCUAAACUAAAUGCAAUGAAGGAUGCUAUGAAAAAUUUAGGUGAUACUCGUUUGCAACAGUUAACUAUGCUCAAGCAAAAGUCUAGGAACAAAUGGUUGGUGGAGGGUUCAAGUAAUUCCAGUUUUUUUCAUAAUAGUAUUAGAAUUAGAAAAAGUUCUAAUACUAUUUCGGAACUUGUUGAUAUGAAUGGGACUUGUUUGACAAAUUAUGAGCAACUUCGUACUCAUGUAGUUCAGUUCUAUGAAGAUAAGUUCAAUGGUCAAGAUCCGGUGAUAAAAGGUGAUUUAUUUGAUUUUGAGCAUGCUUCAAUUUCUGUUGAUGAGAGCAACGCCAUGGAUAUGAUUCCUUCCACGGAAGAAAUUAAGCAAGCUGUUUUUGAUCUGAGUGCAGAUAGUGCCCCAGGACCGGAUGGUUUCUCUGGUUGUUUCUAUCGUCAUUGUUGGGAUGUUAUUCAUGGUGAUUUAACCGAGGCCAUUAUUCAUUGUUGGGAUGCGGGUAGUAUUCCAAAUGGUGUUAAUUCUUCUUUUAUCAUCUUGCUGGCUAAGGUAAGGGGUGCUAAUACUCUUCGAAAUUUCAGACCAAAUGGUCUUAGUAAUUUUUUCUUCAAAAUUUUUACUAAGAUCCUAGCUACUAGACUUGGUACAGUUUUGUAUAAGCUUGUGUCUGAAGAACAGUCUGCUAGAAUUUCUGUCAUUUUGAAUGGUAGUCCGGAAGGUUACUUCAAAAUUAACAAAGGUUUGCGUCAAGGUGAUCCCCUCUCCCGUUUGAUUUUUGUCUUGAUUGAGGAUGUUCUUAGUAGAAAUAUUACGAAGCUUUUUCGUGAUAAAAAGGUGACGCCUAUGGUAACUAGAGGUGACUUGUUGGGAAGAUAUCAGCGUGCUUCAGAUCAGACUGUUUGUUGUCAAAAGAGUAAGAUUUAUUAUGGUGGUGGUUCUUCGAGUUGGUGUAAUUAUAUUGCAUCUUAUUUGGGGAUGAGUGUAGCUACUUUUCCGGACCGCUAUUUGGGAGUUCAAAUUAUGCCAGGUAAUGUUCGAUAUCGCCAUAUUAGCAAUGUUGUUGAAAAGAUUAGAAAUCAGCUUGUUGGUUGGAGAGGGAGGUUAUUAUCUUUUCAUGAUCGCAUUGUUCUUGUUAAAUCAGUAAUUUCCAGUAAUUACAUUCAUAGUAUGGCUAUUUAUAAGUGGCCUCGGGGUCUCGGACUAACUCGUAUGGCCACUAUGAACAAAGCUCUUAUUAUGAAAAUUUGGUGGAAGAUUCGUAACUCUACAAAGAAGUGGGCUCUUUUCCUGAAGGAAAAAUUAUUUGAUCGUAAGGGUUGUAUUAAGCAUUCGGGGGUUAAAUCUUCUAUUUUUCCUGGUUUAAGGAGUGUGUAUAAUUGUGUGGAAAAGAAUACUAAGGUCUUAAUUGGUGAUGGUAGAGAUACUUUUCUUUAUUAUGACAUUUGGUUUGAUAAGACUAGUAUUGCUGAAGUGCUAAAUGAUUAUUCUCUAGAUGCAACAGCUAGAGUUAGUGAUAUUUUAAAGGAUGGCCUUUGGGAUAUCCCUGAAAUUCACUUGCAAUACUUGAUGGUUGCUGGUAUGGAGUUGAAUAGGAUGCCAAUUCCUAUGGGUGGAGCUGAUGUUAGGGUAUGGAUGCCGGAGUUGAAGGGUGAGUUCAGCGUUAAGUCUGCAACUGAGUUGAUUCGGCAGAAGUAUUCUCGGUUAGAAGGUACGCAACUUCUAUGGAGAAAAGAAGUUCAUCCUGUUCUUGCUGCUCAGAACUGGAAAUUCUUACGUGGAGCAUGUGCUACGUAUGACCUUAUCAGGCGCAGGUCGGAGCUAUGGCAGUUGCGGAACAAGGCAGUUUUCGAGGAUAAAAAGCCUAAUUGGAGUAUCUUUCAUAAGUGCGUUCUGAAGUUGAUUCAAGAUUAUUCAAUUCGGCUCAAGGGUCAUAUGAACAAUAGUGCUGAUGAUGUUGUUCUUCUGAACUAUUUUAGAGUUCAGCACCGUAGUGUGAAGUGGCAUCAACCUGUGGCUUGUUAUUGA